GCGGCGGCGGGGAGGGGAGAGGCUCUGAGAGGCGAGGCCGUGUGAGGCGGCGAGGGCGGCCCGACGGGCGCGGGACGGGACGGGGCAGCGCGGGCGCCGGGAGCCACGGCCCGGAGUCGGGGUGCCUUGCCCCGGGCCCCCCAGCAUGAAGACCCCGGCGGACACAGGGUUUGCCUUCCCGGAUUGGGCCUACAAGCCGGAAUCGUCCCCUGGCUCGAGGCAGAUCCAGCUGUGGCACUUUAUUCUGGAGCUGCUAAGGAAGGAAGAGUACCAGGGUGUUAUCGCCUGGCAGGGCGACUAUGGGGAGUUCGUCAUCAAGGACCCCGACGAGGUAGCUCGGCUUUGGGGUGUCCGAAAGUGCAAACCCCAGAUGAACUAUGACAAGCUGAGCCGGGCCCUUCGCUAUUAUUAUAAUAAACGCAUUCUGCACAAGACCAAGGGGAAACGGUUCACCUACAAGUUCAACUUCAACAAACUGGUGCUGGUUAAUUAUCCUUUCAUCGAUGUGGGGUUGGCUGGGGGUGCGGUGCCACAGAGUGCCCCUCCAGUGCCAUCGGGCGGCAGCCACUUCCGCUUCCCUCCCUCAACGCCCUCCGAGGUGCUCUCCCCCACCGAGGACCCCCGCUCACCACCGGCCUGCUCUUCAUCAUCAUCCUCACUCUUCUCAGCUGUGGUGGCCCGCCGUCUGGGCCGAGGCUCAGUCAGUGACUGUAGUGAUGGCACCUCAGAGCUGGAAGAACCACUGGGAGAGGACCCCCGGGCACGACCACCUGGCCCUCCGGAGCUGGGUGCUUUCCGAGGGCCCCCUCUGGCCCGCCUGCCCCAUGACCCUGGUGUCUUCCGUGUCUACCCCCGACCCCGGGGUGGCCCUGAGCCCCUCAGUCCCUUUCCUGUAUCACCUCUAGCUGGGCCUGGCUCCCUGCUACCCCCUCAGCUCUCACCGGCUUUGCCCAUGACACCCACUCACCUGGCCUACACACCUUCUCCCACCCUGAGUCCUAUGUACCCCAGUGGUGGCCCCAGUGGCUCAGGUGGAGGCUCCCACUUUUCCUUUAGCCCUGAGGACAUGAAGCGGUACCUGCAGGCCCACACCCAAAGCGUCUACAACUACCACCUCAGCCCCCGCGCCUUCCUGCACUACCCUGGGCUGGUGGUGCCCCAGCCACAGCGCCCUGACAAGUGCCCGCUGCCGUCCAUGGCACCUGAGACCCCACCAGUCCCUUCCUCAGCCUCGUCAUCCUCUUCCUCCUCCUCUUCCCCAUUCAAGUUUAAGCUCCAGCCGCCCCCACUAGGACGCCGCCAGAGGGCAGCUGGGGAGAAGGCUGCAGGAGGCGCUGACCAGAGCAGUGGCAGCAGCACUGGCGGGCUGGCUGAGGGGGCGGGGACACUGGCCCCACCACCACCACCACCACCACAGAUCAAGGUGGAACCUAUCUCAGAAGGAGAAUCAGAGGAGGUGGAGGUGACUGACAUCAGCGAUGAGGAUGAGGAAGAUGGGGAGGUGUUCAAGACGCCCCGUGCCCCACCUGCACCCCCCAAGCCCGAGCCUGGCGAGGCACCUGGGGCAGCCCAGUGCAUGCCCCUCAAGCUGCGCUUUAAGCGGCGCUGGAGUGAAGACUGUCGCCUCGAGGGGGGUGGGGGCCCUGCUGGGGGCCUUGAGGAUGAGGGUGAGGACAAGAAGGUUCGUGGGGAUGGGCCUGGGGAGGCUGGGGGUCCCCUCACUCCAAGGCGGGUGAGUUCUGACCUCCAGCAUGCGACAGCCCAGCUUUCCCUUGAGCAUCGAGAUUCCUGAGGGCUGUGGGAAGGGGGCCCAGCUUCCCCCCACUCCCCGUGCUUUUGCUGCCUUAACCCCCCCAAAGCCCUGGAGGUGAGGGCAGCUCUCUAGUCUUCUCCCUGCCUCCUCCCUCUCCUCCCCAUAUUUUGUAUAAAACUUUAAUUUCUUUUUUUUUUUU